UAAAAAAUGUUUUUCUCCUCUUCUUCUGCGGCCCUCCAUUAGAGAAAUCGCCAUGGAAUCGAACCUCUACCUCUAGUUUUCAUCUUCUUACUCAGGUGCGUUCUGCAAAACCCUAAACCCUAAAAUCAAACCCUACUUUUCAUCUCUUACUCAGAUUUAAUGGGUUUCUGCACGCCAUAUGUUCGACGAAAUGCUCAUGAGAACUGAAACUCUAGAUAUUAUAUUAUGGAUAGUUUACUUCUAUUAUCAAGUUAUCCCCAUUCAACAUUGAACAACAGACAAAUUCUAUGCUGUGGAUUCAAGAGGAAUUCUUCAAUAAUUCUUAUGGUCUCAAAACCUAAAAGGAAAGACAACAACAAGCUUCCAAGAAACCGUCUUUAUAGACGAAGAACAGAGCUUCCCCCUGAUACAUAUGUUAACACUGUCUGGAAGAAGACGAUGAACAAGUCUGAAUUAUCUGAUUCAAUUGAUAAUUACGAUGAUGAUGAUCAACAGGGGGAAAAAAACGAUGAAGAAGAAGAAGACAUUCUGUGGGGUGAAGAUGAGAUUGAAGCUAUCUCAUCUCUAUUCAAAGGAAGAAUUUCUCAAAAACCUGGACAAUUGAAGAACAGAGAAAGGGCUCUUCCAUUGCCAAUUCCUUACAAAAUCAGACCUUUAAGUCUUCCCACCCCGAAAACAAAUCCCUUACGAAAACCCUUGUUCAACGAUUCAUUGUAUAAGAACCCCACUUUCUUAAUUGAUCUAGCUAAUAAAAUCAGAAGCCUCAAUCCAGAUGAAGAUGUAUCCAAAGUUCUAAACAAAUCAGCUCAUCUUCUUAGGAAAGGAUCUCUAUCGUUAACAAUUCGAGAAUUAGGCCAUUUAGGUCUCCCAAAGCGAUCACUCGAAACCCUCUGUUGGGCUCAGAAACAACCACGUUUAUUCCCUGAUGAUCGAAUCUUAGCUUCAACUGUUGAAGUCCUGGCUAGAAGCCACGAGCUGAAACUUCCAUUCAAUUUGCGUAAAUUCACUAGCUUGGCUAGCAGAAAUGUGAUUGAGGCAAUGGUUAAAGGUUUCAUCAAAGGAGGAACGUUAGGACUCGCGUGGAAGCUUCUUCAAAUCGCGAAAGAUUCAAAUCGAAUGUUGGAUUCGAGCAUUUACGCUAAACUUAUACUCCAAUUAGGAAAGAAUCCUGAUAAAGAACUAAUGGUGGUGACAUUACUUGAAGAACUCGGAGAAAGAGAUGAUCUUAACUUGAACCAGCAAGAUUGUACUUCGAUCAUGAAGGUUUGCAUUCGGUUAGGUAAAUUCGAGUUAGUUGAGAGUCUUUUCAAUUGGUUUGUUCAAACGGGGCAUGAACCGGGUAUAGUUGUUUAUACCACUCUGAUUUAUAGCCGUUAUACUGAAAGGAGAUAUAGGGAGGCUUUGGAGAUAGUGUGGGAAAUGGAGAGUUUGAAUAUUUUGUUUGAUCUGCCUGCUUAUCGAGUGGUGAUUAGGGUUUUUGUUGCGUCGAACGAUCUGACAAGAGCUGUAAGGUAUUUCGCGAAGCUUAAGGAAGCUGGUUUCUCGCCUACUUUUGAUAUUUAUCGUGAUUUGUUUGCUAUUUAUAUGGCAUCGGGAAGGAUGGCCAAGUGUAAGGAGAUUUUUGAAGAGGCCGAAAUGGCGGGAUUUCAGUGGGAUAAGAACACGAAAUCGCAACUAUUGUUACAUAAUUCAUAGAUAUUUUAGUUGGUUUUAUAUGUUUGGAAAGUGUAUUAUUCAAAGGGUGUUAUAACAAUCUAAGUGUUAGGUCACCAAUAGCAAUGUCACAAAAGAGUUGGUUAUAUUUAGUACAUUUACACAAAAUCUUUGUUAUGUUUAGUCUUUUUUUAUUCGAGUUUAUUUUUUUCGGUUGUUAGCAU